UAGGCCUGAAUCUUGAUUUUCAGUUCAAGAAUCUGAACUACUUCUUCACUUCCGCACUGCCGCGAUGCCGAAACGACGCCAUUCCUCAGAGCCUCAAGCAUCUCCGUUGGAAGGAAAGUCGGGCCCUCGGGUGGUGAAAAUCCGCAAAACGGGCAACGCGGCGCCGUUAUUGUGCUGCUGCUCCUGCAAAACCGGCGUCGCCUGGUUCGAUCACCACAUUCCAUAUGAUCUUGAUAAGCAGGACUCCUCCAACAGGUUGGAGAUUCUCUUCACUGGCGCCUUUAACUUGUACACUGGAGAAGCUGAAAUUCGAUCUUCCAGAAGGCUUGAAGCUGCGAGUAAGGUGGCCGUUGUGGACUUGGCCAACAUCUACUGCGCUGGCUGCAAAAACCAACCACUGGGCUGGCUCAUUAUCGGAGCUCAAGCACACCACCCCGUCAUCCGUGCCGGGCAGUACAUCCUGCAACUAUUUUGUUACGGCGCAGAUCGAACCUCCUGCUAUGGAAAGAAAAAGAAUACACAAAAGCCAAGAACAUGGCAUUCAAUAUGCCUUAAAAGACUAAGUUUGGUGUUAAACAGCAAUGAAAGGUACAAUUGUAGAUUCAAACUUGUAUUUUUCUGUUCAUACUCAGUUCUUUUUCACUAGAUAAAUCGUGUUUUGGUAUACAAUGGACUGAGGAAUUUAGAGAGUCCAAAACGUGGGAAUACAGUUUCAGUUGGUAGUUUUUGUCUGCAGUACUUUUGCUCUGAUUCUCAUGAAUGGAAAUGGU